UGGUUCGUUCAGUACUCAAGGUGCGCCGGUACACAUCGUUUGAAUUCAAGUACCCAUUAUCAGUACAGUGCCUGACAUCUGAGUGUGUGAAUUUUUUGCUUCACAAUCUAUCACAUGGCCGGGAAGGAAGUUGCCGAUCAACUACCCGUAGCUUCCAGCCAGCGGUUGUUACUGGAACUGGCCAUCGCUGAGCUCGGUUCGGACAAUCUCGACUUGGAGAUUACGGCCGGUUCAAGCAAGGGUGACAAUUACAGCUGUACCAUCCAUCGGAUACGAGCCACUUGUCGUGGAACGGGAAAACAGGUCUGCAUCAUCGCCAAACUUCCGCCUCAAAACGAGCUGCGGCGAAAGCAGUUCUUCAUCCGAUCCAGCUAUGACCGGGAGAUUAGUGUUUACAACGAGAUUUUCCCCAUGAUGAUGGAGUUCCAGCUAUCCAAGGGUUUGAAACCAAGCGAGUCGUUCCAUCAGGUUCCGCAUUGUCUUGGCACUAGUUUUGUCGAUCACGAAGAGGCAAUUUUUAUGAGGGAUUUGCGGGAGGAAGGAUUUCGGAUGGUUGAUCGACAAAAAGAUAUGAGCUUAGAGCAUUUCCAGCUCAUGGUGAGAGCUUUGGCACGCCUGCACGCGACUUCGUUGGCACUGAAGGAUCAACACCCUGAGAGGAUGAAACGAUUUAUAGACAUGCCGGAAAUUUUGACUCUUCCGGAUGCCAACGCGAUGAUGGAACCGUGGUGGUCCCAGAUGGCAACCCGGACUAUGGACCUGUUGGAUGAGACGAAAGAACCGGAUGUUCUUCAACGAACCAAAAAAGUGCUAACCAAGUCGUGGCCCGAAUUGACAAAUGUUUUAUUCAAGGGUGAACAUGCCGAGCCCUACGCGGUCAUUGCUCAUGGUGACUGUUGGCAUAAUAAUUUACUGUACAAACAUGAGGACAACAAAGCUGUUGACAUUCGACUGCUGGACUGGCAGUGUUGCCGGUAUACCUCACCGGUAGUGGAUUUGACGUGUUUCAUUUUUAUUGCAUCGAGCAAAGCCUUUCGAGACGAGCACUACCAACACUUGCUGGACUACUACUAUAACAAUGUGGCAGAUUCCAUUCGGCGGUUAGGAUCGGAUCCGGAACAACUCUUUCCACGAACGGCAUUCCACCAGCAACUAGCCCGAUUCGGUUGGGCCGGUUUAGUGAUGGCUGCAAUAUGUCUACCGGUGAUCACUACCAAGGCGGAAGAUGUACCCGAUUUGGAGCAAUUUGUAGAACAAAUUGACGCCGGCGAGGAUGUGUCGAAAGCGUUCGGUUCCGGAGUGGUGGAAGCAACCUACCGACAAAAAAUGACAGAUUGCUGUCGGGACAUGGUUCGUUUGGGAUAUAUUUGAGACGUAUUUUUCUGAAGCCGUGAUUAUGCUAGUGAAUCUAUUUAACUUUCUGUUUGGAAUUUGUAUUGAAAGUGUUGAUAAAGUGUAAAUUUUCAAUAUAACUGGACGUUCAGAAAGCAA